CCCCUGUACACAUCGAGCUCUCCGCCACCGUCCCUCCCUCCCUCCACUCCACUCCACUGCAACUGCAACCCCAUCUGCCAUGGCCGCCGCGGUGGCCACGGCGACGGCGACGGCGACCAUCCACCUGCACCGCCGCCGCCACCUCCUCGUCCCCUCCCAGCCGCAGCCCCGCCCCACCCUCCGCCUCCGCCUCCUCAUCCCCACCCCGCCGCCGCUCCGCCUCCUCCUCCGCCGCCGCUUCCCGCUCCUCGCGGCGGCCGCCGUCUCCGCCGACGGCGGCGGCGCGGAGGAGGACGCCAGGAGGAAGGAGAAGUCGCGGCAGCUCCAGAAGCGGGUGCUCGUGGGCGUCGCCAUCGGGGUGGGCGCGGGCGGCGUCGUGGUGGCCGGCGGAUGGGUGUUCGCGGCUGCCGUGGCCGCCGCCGUCCUCGCCGGAGCACGAGAGUACUUCGGGCUCGUCCGCGGGACUGCCGGCGGUGGCGGCACCCCUCCACCGCGCUACGUGUCCCGCGUCUGCUCUGCCAUCUGCGCCCUCAUGCCUAUCCUUACGCUGUACUAUGGGCAUAUGGAUGUUACCGUGACAUUUUCUGCGUUCCUUAUUGCAAUAUCAUUGUUACUACAAAGAGGAAAUCCUCGUUUUGCACAGCUGACUAGCUCAGUUUUUGGGCUCUUUUAUUGCGGCUAUCUUCCUUCUUUCUGGGUUAAGCUCCGUUCCGGACUAGCUGCUCCUGCUCUAAAUACAAAAAUAGCAUACAGUUGGCCGAUACUUCUCGGUGGGCAAGCUCACUGGACAGUUGGACUUGUAGCGACCUUGAUUUCUAUCAGUAGUAUUAUUGCUGCUGAUACAUCUGCUUUCCUUUGUGGUCGGGCAUUUGGCCGCACACCUCUUACUGAUAUAAGCCCUAAGAAGACAUUGGAGGGUGCUUUAGCUGGUCUAACUGGUUGUGUACUGACCACCGUGCUUCUUUCAACUGUCUUAUGUUGGCCAAGGUCACUGCUGAGUGCAACUGCGUAUGGAAUCUUGAUCUUUCUGGGUUCAUUGUUUGGAGAUCUUGUUGAGUCUCUGAUCAAGCGUGAUGCUGGUGUGAAGGACUCUGGAUCACUCAUUCCUGGCCAUGGUGGGAUCCUUGACCGAGUUGACAGCUACGUUUUCACAGGGGCACUUUGUUACUCAUUUGUGAAAGUAGCUCUACCUCUCUAUGGAGUAUGAUUCAGCUAGAAAUUGCUUGUUGAUGUACUUCUACCGUCAGCAGCAUGCUCAUCAAUUGUAUGGCCAUGAGAAGUCCUGCUGAGAAGCUGAAUACCAGUUUCCAUCACUGCACAACAUGUCUCUCGCGAAGAGAAUUUGAUGCCUGACUUUUGAAGUGAGAUAGUACCAUAGAAUGCGGCUGUUAACUCGACAGUUUCUUUGGUGGGAUCGAUAUGUUUGCUCCUUGUCAUUAGCAAUUUCGUAUAUGUCACUUUUGCUGUACAUAGUUCAUUCUUACAGAGUAAAAAGGAAGCAGAUUUACUACAAACGUUGUUGAAUUGCAUUUGGACGGCUUGUGGGAAAGGGUGGCCUCUCGGGACCUAACUGUACUGGUCGAUCACCAUUUUUUUUUCAUGCUUUGUAAAGCGUCAACUACUCGUUUUUAUCCACUGCUCUUGCCUGCGAUUGAAUGGGGCUUUUAUUGAGAUCAUUGAGAAUGUUCAUCGAGUACUGCAAGAUGAUGAAUGCUAUCUAGCUGUAUUGUUAAGUGGCAGCAUGUAUAAUACUGGUGACCAUCGUGCUUAAUAGC